AUGGCGACGCCGGUCCCGCCGGAGGCGGACGCGGGGGAGGCGCGGGAGCUCCUCUACGAGGCGUACAACGAGCUGCAGGCGCUGGCGUCCGAGCUGGGCGGCGCGGCGGUGGCGCUGGCGCCGGCUGUCGUGGUCGUCGGCCACCAGACGGACGGCAAGAGCGCGCUGGUCGAGGCGCUCAUGGGCUUCCAGUUCAACCACGUCGGCGGCGGCACCAAGACGCGCCGCCCCGUCGCGCUCCACCUCCGCUUCAACCCGCGCUGCGACGAGCCCCAGUGCCGCCUCCUCUCUGCAGCCGGUGACACCGACGAGCAUGACGAAGCCGGGGUUGCCGCGCGCCCCAUGCCGCUCGCCGACAUCCAGGCAUAUAUUGAAGCUGAAAACUUGAGGUUGGAGAAUGAUCCAUGCCAAUUUUCAGAGAAGGAAAUCAUAAUUAAGGUAGAAUACAAGCAUUCCCCCAAUCUCACCAUUAUUGACACUCCAGGCCUCAUCCUUCCAGCUCCUGGCCGUAAAAACAGAGUUUUGCAGAGCCAGGCUUCUGCUGUUGAUAGGCUUGUUCGUGCUAAAAUCCAGCAUAAAGAGACCAUUAUACUGUGCCUUGAAGAUUGUAGUGAUUGGAGUAAUGCAACUACACGGAGAGUAGUGAUGCAGGUUGAUCCUGAUCUCACCAGGACUGUUCUAGUCUCCACAAAACUGGACACUAAAAUACCACAAUUUGCCCGGCCUUCUGAUGUUGAAGUGUUUCUUCACCCACCAACUUGUGUGCUAGAUGUUUCCUUAUUGGGAGAUUCUCCCUUUUUCACAUCAGUACCUUCUGGUAGAGUUGGUUCUUGCCAUGAAGCUGUGUUCAGAUCAAAUGAAGAGUUUAAGAAGGCCAUCUUAUCAAGAGAGUUGGAAGAUGUUGCAUCUAUUGAAGACAAGUUAGGAAGGUCGCUUACAACCAAGGAGAAAGAUAGAAUUGGAGUGGGUAACUUAAGAUUAUAUUUGGAAGAGUUGCUGCAGAAGAGGUAUAUUGAGAGUGUUCCAUUAAUCAUUCCACUUCUUGAGAAGCAACAUCGAAAUACAACAAGUAAACUGUGUGAAAUCAGUCAUGAACUCAGUGGUCUGGAUGGAGCCAAACUGAAGGAGAAAGCUCAGAUAUUCCAUGACUCAUUUUUGACCAAGUUAUCUUUGCUAUUGAAAGGCAUGGUGGUGGCACCUCCCGAUAAAUUUGGAGAAACUUUAGUUAACGAGAGGAUUAAUGGAGGAACAUUUACUGGAAGUGAGAAUUUCCAGCUCCCGAACAAGAUGAUGCCAAAUGGUGGCAUGCGUCUUUAUGGUGGUGCACAAUACCAUCGGGCAAUGGCUGAAUUUCGUCUGGUAGUUGGUAGUAUCAGAUGCCCUCCAAUAACUAGGGAGGAAAUUGUCAAUGCUUGUGGUGUUGAGGAUAUUCAUGAUGGGACAAACUACUCCAGGACUGCUUGUGUAAUUGCUGUGGCAAAAGCACGUGACACCUUUGAGCCAUUCCUUCAUCAGUUGGGUUUUAGGCUUUUGUACAUACUGAAGAGGCUGAUCCCAAUCUCUGUUUAUCUCUUGGAGAAAGAUGGUGAGCACUUUAGUAGCCAUGAAGUGCUUGUAAGGCGUGUCCAGGAAGCAUUCAAGAGGUUUGCUGAAUCCACUGAGCAAUCAUGCCGUCAAAGGUGUAUGGAAGAUUUGGAGAGUACCACUCGUUAUGUCACUUGGUCCCUUCACAACAAGAACCGUGCUGGAUUGAGACACUUCCUCGAUUCAUUUGUUGCACCGGAGCAACUAUCAGUAAAUACACUGAACGAGCAGUUUUCUGGGUUGAAUGACAACAAACAGGAUAGGGCAAAGGGUGACUCGAAGUCAAACCAUUCUUCAGACACAAAUUCGUCCAGUGCUGUGCCAGAGACAAGACUAGUUGAUCUAUUGGAUAGCACACUCUGGAACAGACGGCUGGUGCCCUCAUCUGAAAGACUUGUUUAUGCGCUGGUUCACCAGAUUUUUCAUGGAAUCAAAGAGCAUUUUCUUGUCACAACUGAACUGAAGUUCAAUUGCUUUCUCCUCAUGCCGAUUGUUGACAAAUUACCAGCACUUCUAAGACAAGACCUUGAAUCAGCUUUCGAAGAGGAACUUGGUAGCAUCUUUGAUGUCACUCAGCUGCGCCAGUCACUUGGGCAGAAGAAGCGAGAGCUGGAGAUUGAACUGAAGCGGAUCAAGCGCUUGAAGGAAAAGUUUGGGGAGAUAAACAAGAAGCUCAAUUCUCUUCAGGUUAGGCAGUAG